CUCAGACCUAAACCUCAGAUCUGAACCCCUCUGACCUCAUGGAUCUGAAACCUUUUGGAGGAGUCUUCUGCAGCAUCCCUGACACCUAAACAUCUUGUUGUCACAAACCUCUAGUCCCCUCCUGUCCCCCACCCCUUGCCCCCCAGACUGACGCCAUGUCGGAGGGGCUGCUGCAGGUAGAGAUCCCGGACUUUGGCAGCAGCGUGCUGGGGAGCCUGAACGAGCAGCGCCUGCUGGGUCACUACUGCGACGUCUCCAUCCUGGUUCAGGGUCAGGCCUUCAAGGCGCACCGAGCUGUCCUGGCGGCCUCUUCACUGUACUUCAGAGAUCUGUUCAGCUCCGCAGCCGACCCCUCGUCUUCCUCCUCCCAGGCAGCAUUUGAGCUGCCAUCCUCCGUCACUCCUGCAUGUUUCCAGCAGAUUCUCUCCUUCUGCUACACCGGACGCCUCAGCAUGGCAGCCAGCGAGCAGUUGGUGCUCAUGUACACUGCUGGCUACCUCCAGAUCCAGAACAUCGUGGAACGAGGCAUGGAGUUGAUGUUGAUGAAGGCCUCUUCCUCCUCCUCCUCACCACUCUGCUGUGACUCUCAGACAAACUCGGCGGACGAGCUGGGGGGGUUCGACGCCCCGAUGGCCCAGCUUCCGCAGCAGAACGGCACCCCCCAGAUGCAGGAAGUCAGUCCGAACCAGCCAUCCCUGAGCCCGGAGGAGCUGCUGCUGGCCGUCAGCAGGAUCAAGCAAGAAAGAGCCGACACUCCUCCGGCUGAGGAGAAUGGAGGAGGAGGUGGGGGAGAGGAGGCCAGGGUGGACACGGUCAGGGACUUGCAGUCCUCCAGGAGCAGCACCCUGUGUUACCUGACCACAGGAGGAGGUUUGGUUCAUGGGCUGCAGUCCUACCUGCUGGCAGGAGGGGGGCGCUCUAGUCCGGGAGGAUCCAGCCUCCCCACAGACUCUCCUCCGUCUCAUCCCCCCACUGAGGAGGAGCUGGAGGAGGACUACUACAGUAACGGUGUCCACCCGGGACUCCUCCAGCAGAUCUACGGUCACCCUGGAAACCCCUACCUUCAAGAGAAGCUGGAGCUGCUGCCCCUCCCAUUGGCUAACGAGCGGCGUCCAUGCGUGCUGGUUGGUCGGGACAACAUGGCCCUGCCCGCCAGUCUGAUCAGUCAGAUCGGGUACCGCUGCCACCCAUCGCUCUAUACGGAGGGGGACCCCGGAGAGAAAGUGGAGCUGGUGGCAGGUUCGGGUGUGUUUAUGACCAGAGGUCAGCUGAUGAACUGUCACCUGUGUGCCGGAGUCAAACACAAGGUGCUGCUCAGAAGGCUUCUGGCCACGUUCUUCGACAGAAACACUCUGGCCAAUAGCUGCGGAACGGGAAUCCGCUCUUCCACCAACGAUCCGAGCCGAAAACCUCUGGACAACCGAGUGUUAAACACCGUCAAAUUGUACUGUCAGAACUUUGCUCCCAACUUUAAGGAGAGUGAGAUGAACGUGAUUGCAGCUGACAUGUGCACCAACGCCCGCAGAGUUCGUAAACGUUGGCUCCCAAAGAUUCAGUCGCUCCUCCCUGACGGCCUUCCCUCCUCACAGUCUUCCCACCCACGCAAAGGUAAAAGGGGGUUUGGAGGAGUAGGAGGUGCUGCAGGCGAGCGGCCCAGCGGCAGCCCCUUCGAGUUGGACCUGCGGCAGCUCAGUGCCUCCUACCUCGGCCUGGAGUCCCAGUUGUACGCCGAGCGACGCGACAGGGAGGCAACGAGGGGACGGGAGCAGGAAAAGGAGGCUCCUGCCACCAUCCUGCCUCACUUGCAGUUUGCUGGGUCCGGUGGAGGAGGAGGUGGAGGGCAGGCAGGGGAGGCACUGUUAGGAGGUGAGGCAGAUGGGGAGGGGAGACUACAGACUGAUCAACCCCCAGACAUCCCCCUCUCCCUGUCCUCCUCCUCAUCCUCCUCUGCCUCCUCCUCACACCCCUCCCCUCAGCCUGCAGAGACCGCCCCCACUCACAGGGGAUUGGCUGAAACAGACAUGAGGGGGGAGGAGCCUCUGGAAGACAGCCAAUGAGCUUACAAAUGCAAUUGUCUACCUGUAUGUAAAUAACACUAAAGCUACCUGUCCCCGUCUGUCCACCUA